AUGUCAUCAAACAAGAUCAAAAGGCCUUCGCCCAAAAUCGUAACCGCUCUUCUGCAGUGUUCCUGUCACCUUGGCGGCAUACAGGCCAAUAUCCAGAUGAAGGACUACAUAUUCGGUUGCAGGCCGGAAGACAGAAUUAAUGUGAUCGAUGUGCAGAAGAUGUGGGACAAAAUGGUACUUGCGGCCAGGCUGUUCCUGAGUAUCAAAGACACGAAAAGCAUUGUGGUGGUGUCCAACAAGGAUUUUGGCAGGAAGGCGGUUCUGAAGUUCUGUGAGGCAACGGGUGCUACUCCUGUAACUGGACGGUUCAUACCUGGCGGAUUUUCAAAUUUUGAGAUCAAGAAUGUUUGUGAGCCCCGUUUGUUGAUAGCGGCGGACGCGUUUUCAGACCAACAGACGAUCGGAGAGGCUGCGAAAGCGAAAGCUCCCGUUAUUGCAUUCUGCAACACCGAUAACAGCCUUUCAUAUGUUGAUAUUGCCAUUGCGAUGAACAAUCGGUCACCCUCUGCGCUUGGCGCGGGCUUCUACUUGUUCGCCAAGAUCAUCAAUCAUAUAAAAAGGGGCGAUGAGAUCGAUGAUAACCUGAGGAAUGGAAUAGAGAGCUACAUUUACAGGGAUGCAAACGAACUUGAUGCACUUUACCAGGAGGCUAAGCGAGAGAAAGAGAGCGAUAUAUGCAUGCAGGAGGAGCCUAAACAUGUGGAACAAAGCACCACUGAGGAGUAAAUUUAUACUUUUUAAUCA